UGACAUUUGUUAAAUCUUAGUUUUAAAUCUCAAUCCAUUUCUUGACUGGUUAAAAUGUUAAAUUUAAUAUUUGCAUUUUUGUGCGGUUGUCUUGUUGGUUUUUGCCAUGGCUUACCAGCCAGUGUCAGCGAGGCACACAGUGCUGCCACCCAGGAGUUACAUUUGUAUUUAAAAAACUCGACUAAUGGAUUGGACCCUCACUUUUCUCCCAUCGUAUCACAAUUAAGAGCUGCCAAUGAUCAAGUCGAGGUCGGAAGAGACUCGAUUCUACCGUUUUUAACAUUUUUGUUUGAUACUCUGGGCUUGGUUGAUAACGAAAUCGACGAUUGUAUAGAUGAUAUGAUGAUUGAAUUCAUCCCGGAUGAGCCGACUGAUCCUGGUUAUCCUACAGCGCCUCCUGUGGUCACAGAAACACUGGAAACAGCCGCACCUCCUGUUGUUCCCGCACCGGUAGUACCAGAUGUACCCAUAGCUCCGGCCGACGCAGUUAAAACUGAUCCUCCAAAAUAAUUAAAUAGAAGCACAAGGCUAUGUAAACUAUUUAUAUAAA